AAAAAAAUGUUGCUCUCGAUAAAUACCCAGUAGUAGGAAAUUGACUGCUAGUAUCACUCUCAUAACAGAUGUGCGAUGAAUGAAAUCAUACGCGUCCAGUGCUUGGUAGUUUCGUAACAUAACAUGGCUACAGAUUAUCAAUACUAUGUGACUCAUUUCAAUAAUUUCUUCACCAUGGAGACUGACGAAGGCGAAUCUUCGAGUGGCGGUCCCAUAUCAUCCCUCAACUCGCUAUUUUCUUUCACCAGCCCCGCAGUAAAGAAACUGUUAGGAUGGAAACAGGGAGACGAAGAAGAGAAGUGGGCAGAAAAAGCUGUCGACAGCUUGGUCAAGAAGCUGAAGAAGAGAAAAGGGGCCAUUGAGGAGCUGGAAAGAGCACUAUCAUGCCCGGGUACUCCCAGUAAGUGUGUGACUAUCCCCAGAAGUUUAGACGGCAGACUGCAAGUGUCCCACAGAAAGGGUCUUCCCCACGUCAUAUACUGUCGCGUUUGGCGUUGGCCAGACUUGCAAACCCACCACGAGCUCAAACCACUCGAACAUUGCCAGUUUUCAUUUUCCGCCAAGCACAAGGAAGUUUGCAUCAACCCUUAUCAUUAUAAGCGAGUGGAAAGCCCUGUGCUCCCCCCUGUUCUAGUGCCGAGACAUAAUGACUUUGUUCCGGGGCAUUCUUUGCUGCAGUUUCAACAACUCGCAGAGCCCAACAUGCCGCACAACGUCAGAUACUCGCCCAAUGGUUUCAGCUCUAAUUUGAACCCCGGUUCGCCCUUAUCGAGUGUGCCCAGUCCCGGAAGCGUUUCCUCUAAUAACCCACAGUCUCCUUACGCCAACUUGGCUGAAACACCUCCGCCUGCUUACAGCCCAACGGACGAGGCCAAUUCCAACUCUAACAACAACCUCAGUACUGAACCUACGAUGAACAGUGAUUUGCAACCUGUGGCUUACCAAGAGCAGCCCUUCUGGGCCUCCAUAGCCUACUACGAGUUGAAUUGUAGGGUCGGAGAAGUGUUCCAUUGUCACUCGACUUCCGUUAUAGUGGAUGGCUUCACAAACCCAAGCAACAACAGCGACAGGUUCUGUCUGGGGCAGCUUAGUAAUGUUAACAGAAACUCCACCAUAGAAAACACUAGGAGACACAUCGGAAAGGGGGUACACUUGUACUAUGUCAACGGGGAAGUAUAUGCGGAAUGCCUGUCGGAUUCAGCUAUUUUCGUUCAGUCCCGCAACUGCAACCAUCACCAUGGAUUCCACCCCUCCACAGUUUGUAAGAUCCCGGCAGGGUGUUCUCUCCGAAUAUUCAACAAUGCCGAGUUUGCUCAGCUGUUGUCUCAGUGCGUGAAUCACGGCUUCGAAGCUGUUUACGAACUUACCAAGAUGUGUACGAUACGGAUGAGUUUUGUCAAAGGUUGGGGGGCGGAAUACCACAGGCAGGAUGUUACCAGUACUCCCUGUUGGAUAGAAGUGCACCUCCAUGGGCCACUGCAGUGGCUAGAUAAGGUUUUGACACAGAUGGGGGCACCGCAUAAUGCCAUCAGUUCUGUUUCGUAAAAAGACAGUGUGUGUAUGUGAAAACUCGACUAAAGAAGAAGAAGAGACCUAGACUUGGAUCUCCCUGUACACGACAUCCAACCAGGUAUCCAGUCACCAUAAAGUGUAUGCAGAUUAGAAGCUGAAUGUCUCAUCAUUAGUUUCUACUCUGCGUAAAUUUGUUCAUAAAAUUUAAAAGCUCUACACUCACUUGAAUCCUCAAUAUCCUAAUAAAGUGUCACCUCGUAAAUAUCUCCAAAGGCUGGUGACAUAAAACAAGUCGGAAUUGAGUGUAUGGAUCUCUAAUUAGUUUAUAGGCCAGUUAAUGCCGUGUAAAAAUUUAAAAUUAUUUCUAGGAUAUUGAAAAUUUGAAUGGUUCAUUUAUGUUGAAGAAUGAGGAUGGUACUCCUAAAAAAUUACUGCUCAAAAUCGAAAUUACUGAUACUUAACUUCAACUGAAAUUUCUGCCGUGUUUCACAGGAAGCACGUAUAUUUUUGCUUUCUGAAUUUUCGUUAGUGCCUAUAAUACAUUACCAAAUAGUUUUUGGAAACUGAACUGUUUGGUAGUUUUCUUUCUCAGUUUUCAAACAACUAAUCAAGCGAUAUUGUCCCGCCGUAACUAUGAAUAAAUAAAUAUUUUUUGACGAUAAACUGGAACUGGUUUGAUUUUGAAAGUCGGUAGAUCGCAAGCAGCGUAUGUAAUAGAGGAAAAUAUUGAUUUAUAUUCAGGUUGAAUGAUGACAUUUGAACGGUGAACAUUUUUCAAGUAGUUCAGAACGGUUUGACUUUGACAGUCAUUGACAUAAAUUAUAUAAAGUAGAGGUCCCAAAAUAGAGCCUUGUGGUACUCCAAUAGUAUACUUUAAACGUUUAGAUUGAUACUGAUCUCUAUCAACGUAUUGUGUUCGAUUUUGGAGAUAACUUUCAAACCAUCUACGUGAGUUUCCCCUAAAACCAUACUUUUCCGAUUUGUCUAGUAGGAUUCUGUGGUCUACAAGAUCAAAUGCCUUACUUAGAUCUAAGAAAAUACCCAGAGUUCGAUUACCCACAUCUAGACUAUUAUAUAGCUCUUUUAGUAGUUUUAUUAUAGCUUGUGUUGUUGAACGUCCCUUUCUAAAACCAAAUUGAUUUUCAUUGAAUAGCUUAUGAAGAUCAAAGAAUGAAACGACUGAAUUUGACACCCAUUUAUCGUAAACCUUUGCCAAAGCACUGGGGACAGUGAUGGGCCUGUAAUUUUCAACUUGGGUUUUAUUUCCGUUUUUAUGUAUAGGUUUCAUUUUUUCAAUUUUUAAGCUAUCUGGGUAAAAACCUUCUUCCAACGAGCAGUUGAUGGCAAAAGUUAGUGGGCCUGCAAACAAUAUGUCAAAUGCUUUGUUGACAGUCAAACCAGUCACAGUUUCUCUGAUAUCUAUGAAUAAAUCCAAUGUUUCAUCAAAAUAAAAUGGGUUCAUGAACUUUAUAAGCUCUAAAUAAUAAUGAUAUUUCUGAAACGACUAAUCCUGCACUAUUUGCUGUUAUUUGUGCAGUUUCUUGCGUUUAUCGACUGGACUGUAAUAAACAUUUUUUUAUCUGAACAAAAUCCUUAAUUGCCUGCAAUUUAAAGUGCACACGGCAUGAUAAACUGGUUGUGCAAAUGAAGCGGUUCAGAUGAAACUGUCUUGGGAAAAUGAACUUGACUUGCGUAACUGUAAUCAUAUUAUUUUUCGUGUUCAGAACUUGCAGGAAACAAAUAAUGCAGGAAGAUUACAUUUACGGAUUAUUAGUUUUUAGUAAUUUCCAAUAGUGAUCUCUGUUACGUGUGUGCUGAGUAAUGUUACUAUGUCUAUGUGUGACAUCGAGUGUGACCUGAUUUUUUUAUUUCUUUGACAUAUUUCACAGGCCUGAUCAUGGAGUGAGUGAAAAAUAUAAACUGAAAUAGCCAAAUUUUUUAUAGACAUCGGUUUUUAUACAGACAAAAAACUUAUCUCGAUAAGUCAUUGUGAAAAUUCAGAGUAUUUUUCACAAGAAGAAUGUUCUAUUCAUCAUUAACUUGUUGUAUUUGAUAAUUUUGCCUCUCCUUUAAAAAAAUCAGACUUAUUAAUAUCAUUAGUAUACAGUUGAAGAGAGUAAACCAAAAAAAUAAAAUGAAGGAAACAUUUAGGAGAGUUGUGCUAAAAAAAUUUGUGAAAACUUAUGUGCUAUAGUAAUAAGCUCACAUGAUAGAGUAACACUCAAGUUGGGCUCAUGUAUUUUAACUAUGAUUAUACAAUACUGUUUUUCAGAACUGGACAAAUCUACGUUAUAUGCAGUUUUUUCUUGGUUUAUCAUCGACAUCUGUCGAGGAAUUUGAGAAAUGAAAAGGAUCUGCAAAAAAAAACUGCGUAUGAACUUAGAUUUGUCCAAUUCUGAAGACAGAGACAAAAAUGUUGAGUAUUGUAUAAUUUCUUAGCUUUUUUUAUUAGGCAAAAUUAUUAAAUACGAUAAUUUACUGAUGAAUAGCAUUCUUCUUUGUGAAAAUACUUAGUUUAUCAGGGU